AUGAGAGGGCAGUCCAUGGCAGCCCUUACGUUGGUCCUGAUGCCUUUCUUUCCGCUGAGAAACCAGAUGUUUGCGGAGCCUGGGGGAGCGAGCCCCUAUGGGACACGACAGGACUUGUUUACAGGUUAUUGUCUCCGGUGUAAACUGGGAUACUUUAAUCUGGACCCCCACAAUCCUCAGGGCUGCACUCCAUGUUUCUGCUUCCAGCACUCGUCUGUGUGUGACAGCGCAGAGGGAUACAGCAUACACACCAUCUCCUCCACCUUCGACACAGACACGGAGCAGUGGCUGGCCCAGCAGAGGGACGGCUUGUCUGUCCCGGUGCAGUGGAGCAGUAAUGAGGAGAUCUCUCUCAUUUCUGAAGACUACUUCCCCAUGUACUUUAUGGCACCAGAUAAAUUCUUAGGGAACCAGUUGCUGAGCUAUGGGCAGAACCUGAGUCUGAGUUUCCGAGUGGACCGCAGAGACACCAGGUUAUCUGCAGAAGACCUGGUCCUGGAGGGCUCCGGGCUGAGAGUGGCUGUUCCACUGAUCGCUCAGGGAAAUGCUUAUCCCAGUGAGAACAUGCAGACUUUUGUCUUCAGGCUUCAUGACAGUGCAGAUUACCCCUGGAGACCUACCAUCAGUCACUCCGACUUUCAGAGACUGCUUCACAACUUGACCAGCAUCAAAAUCCGAGGCACAUACAGCGACAAGAGUGCUGGGUACCUGGACAACGUGCGGUUGGUGACGGCUCAGAAGGGCCCUGGUCAAGCCGCUCGCUGGGUGGAGUCUUGUACUUGUCCUCAGGGGUACGAGGGUCAGCACUGUGAGAAGUGCAUUGUGGGAUACCGUCGUGCUCAGCCGCAGCUCGGAGCCUUCAGUCAAUGUGAGCCGUGCAACUGCCACAGGCACAGUCAGACCUGCGACCCCUCCACAGGAGCCUGUGAGUGUGGGCACAACACAGCCGGCCUGAGCUGUGAACGGUGUAAAGACGGUUUCUAUGGAGACGCCACCAAAGGCACCGCAGGGGACUGCCAGCCCUGUCCCUGCCCAAGUGGGGCCACGUGUGCUGUGGUCCCCAAAACCAGAGAGGUGGUCUGCACCAACUGUCCUGCUGGCACCACAGGUAAACGCUGCGAGUUGUGCGACGAUGGGUUCUUUGGGGACCCCCUGGGGCAGGAGGGUCCCGUCAGAGCGUGUCGCGCCUGUAAAUGCAGCGACAACAUUGACCCCAACGCGGUGGGCAACUGUCACCGCGAAACUGGGGAGUGUCUCAAAUGCAUCUACAACACUGCCGGCUUCUUCUGUGACCGAUGCCAAGAAGGUUUCUAUGGCAACGCCCUGGCCGCCAACCCCAGUGACAAGUGCAAACCGUGUGCGUGCUCUCCGUUCGGCACCGUGGAUCAGCAGACGAGCUGCUCCCAGGUCACAGGCCAGUGUUCGUGUUUGCCCAACAUCGCGGAGAGAGACUGCAGCGCGUGUGAGCCGGGCUUCUACAACCUGCACAGCGGCAAAGGCUGUGAGCAAUGUAAAUGUAAUCCCAUCGGCUCCACGAAUGGCCAGUGUGAUGUUGUCUCCGGGCAGUGCGAGUGUCAGCCGGGCGUCACGGGGCUCCAGUGCCAGCAGUGCGAAGUCAACUUCUUUGGCUUCAGUUCAUCUGGAUGUAAACCGUGUGACUGUGACCCCGAGGGCUCCCUCUCUGGCCAGUGCAAGGAGGACGGCCGCUGUGAGUGCAAGCCUGGUUUUGUUGGUGCUCGAUGUGACAUGUGUGAAGAGAACUACUUCUAUAACCGCUCUGCGCCCGGCUGCCAGCAGUGUCCCUCCUGUUACAGUCUGGUGCGCGACAAGGUGAACCAGCAGAGGCAGAAACUCCAUGACCUCCAGAUCCUAAUCGAUAACCUGAGCUCGGGUGAGGAGAUGGUCAGCGACAAGGCUUUUGAAGAGCGACUCAAAGAAGCUGAACGUGCCAUUACAGAGCUGCUGCGGGAGGCUCAGACCAGCAAAGACGUGGACCGGGGUCUUUUGGAUCGACUGAGUUCAAUUAACAUAACAUUGACGACGCAGUGGAACCGUCUCCAAAACAUCAGGAACACCGUGGACGUGACAGGAGCACAGGCGGACAAGGCCAGAGCGCGAGUCAGAGAUGCAGAGAACCUUAUUGAUCGGGCACGCCAGGAACUGGACAAAGCCAAAGAUGCAAUCGGCAAAGUGGACAUUAAGCCGCCCAGUGGAGGAGCAGAUCCUAAUAACAUGACGCUACUGGCUGAAGAAGCGCGCACUUUGGCUGAAAAGCACAAAAUGGCGGCUGACCAGAUAGAAAAGAUUGCCAAGGAAGCAAAUGACACCUCAACCAAAGCCUAUAACCUGCUGCUGAAAACGCUGGAUGGAGAGAUGAAGACGAGCCAGGAGGUCGACCAGCUCAACAAGAAGUAUAAUGAUGCCAAGGAAAUGGCCAAAAACCUGGAGAAGCAGGCCAACAAGAUCCAGGCAGAGGCAGAGGAGGCGUCCGAUCGGGCCCUGAGGAUUUUUGCCAACCUGACCAGCCUUCCACCCUUUGACACGAAAGCUUUGGAGGAUGAAGCCAUGAAAAUAAAGAAAGAAGCCUCUGAUCUGGACAAACUGAUCGACAAAACUGAGAAGGAAUACAACGACCUUCGGGACGAUCUCCGAGGGAAAGAACAAGAAGUGCGCAAACUCCUCGACAAGGGCAAAAGUGAGCAGCAGACUGCUGACCAGCUCCUCGCUCGUGCCGAUGCAGCUAAAGCUUUGGCUGAAGAGGCGGCAAAGAAAGGCCAGUCCACGUUCAAGGAGGCGGAGACCAUCUUGGAGGACCUCAGAGAUUUCGACAAGAGAGUGAAUGACAACAAGACCGCGGCGGAGGAAGCUUUAAAGAGGAUCCCUUCAAUCAACGCCACCAUCAUCGCUGCCAACGAGAAAACACGGCAAGCAGAGGCUGCUCUGGGUAAUGCUUCCUCUGACGCCAAAGAGGCCAAGAGCAAAGCCGAGGAGGCCGAGAAGAUCGCCAGCAAAGUCCAAAAAGGCUCUGCCAAGACCAAAGUAGAAGCAGAGAAGGCCUUUGAAGAGACUCAGAAACUGGACUCUGAGGUGACCGACAUGAUGGAGCAGCUGACCACAGCAGAGCAGGAGCUGAGCAAGAAGAAAGCAGACGCAGACAACGACAUGAUGAUGGCUGUCAUGGCGUCGGAUAACGCAAAGGAAGCAGAAGACAAUGCUCGUAAAGCAAAGAAUGCAGUGAAAAGUGUUCUGGGCACCAUUGCGUCACUGCUGGAUCAACUUGGGAACAUUGACAAGGUGGAUCUAAGCAAACUGAACCAGAUUGAUGAGUCUCUGAAGCGCGCCAAAGGCAAAAUGAAAGACAGUGACCUGGACCGAAAGCUGGCAGAGCUCAACGAUGUGGCACGGACACAGGAGGAUAUGAUUACAGACUACGAUCGUCAGAUUCGCCAAAUCCGUGCUGACAUUAUCAACCUGGAAGACAUCAAGAGGACACUGCCAGAGGGCUGCUUCAACACUCCCUCCAUAGAGAAACCAUGA